AGUGAUAUCUGCGACCGCGACAUGGACGCAAAGGUGGCGCGCACCAAGAAUCGCCCUCUUCCCUCGGGCAUGGUCACCCUCACCGAGGCAGUUUCGGUCUUCAUUCUCGGUCUCUCCGCCUCGCUGGGCGUCGCGUAUCGGCUACUCGGCGCAGACGUCACGCUAACCAUGGUCCCCAUAUGGGGGCUCUCCUUCAUAUAUCCUCUGUGCAAGCGGGUCAUCUGGGCCCCGCAGGUAGUCCUGGGUCUGACCAUGGCGCUGUGCGUACUCCCUCCAUGGGUGGCCGUGAGAAAUGACAGCGGCGAUGCGGGUCUGCUACCGGCCAGUCUCUUUGGGGCCAUAUUCUGCUGGCUCGUGUACCUUGACUUGAUUUAUGCCUCCCAGGAUCGCCCUGAUGACCAAAAGGCCGGCGUGAAGUCGCUGGCCGUGUUCCUGGGCGACUAUUUGAAGGCUGGCCUGACGGUUCUGGGCGUUCUGCAAAUCGUCUGUUUUGCGUUGGCGGCGUAUGAAGCAUCGGCAGGCGUCUUUCUCUGGAUAUUUGGCAUCGCCGUCUGGACGGCCUCGGUUCCCUGGAGCAUCAUGUCACUAGACACGAGUGACCGCGAGUCGGGCGGGCGCAUUUUCCUCGUGAAUGCGAUUCUAGGCAUUUACCUGGCGGCAGUAUCAGGGCUAACCGUGUCAUUCGCUAUGUGGGGACGAAACAAGGCAAGAUGA